CUGAUCUUGGCUGUUGUCAAUGUUCUUCCUCUACCGUGGUGAUAAGGUUAAUUCUUUGUUUUUGUCAUCUUGUAAAAGUUUAAUGAAUCGCAAUUUCGUGAAUUAAUGCACUCAACUGGUGAAAAAUGUAUAGUUUUGAGGGCCAAUUUCGGAGACUACCGGAGCAGAAUUUAGCUGGAGCCAGUCGGAAACAGGAAAGAGAUGAACUCCUCCAGAAAGCUCACUUUGACAGGAAGAAGAGAGAGGAUGACAGAAAGCGCUUGGUCUGUGCAGUUCAACUCCAAGCUGCAAUUCGAAGUUUCAUUGCCCGUCAAAAAGUCAAGGCAAUUCUCCGUAGCGAGUUUGACCAAGCUGUGAAGCAGUCGGAGCGCCAGUCAGUUGAUCUCAAUGCCCUGGGACAGCUAUCAACACGGCUUUUGUUUUUCUACAAAGCUGAAGUGGAUAACCAUCGAUUGAUUUGGUUGGCGAAACACUUACUAAAAUUAUCUCCAGCCGUGAAUGUUUCUAGUUGUCAAAACAAGUCAUCUCCAUGGCGUUGGAGACUCAAGCGUCUCCUUUUCCUAAAUCUUCAGCUGUUAAAAAUUGAUAUUGAAUCAGUUGCAGCUCCCUUGCGAGUUUUAGAAGUAUUCACAUCAGAAGUGAAUGACAGCUCUGUCAGCAAAGAAACAUCUACACAACAUCUAGUUGAGAUCCUUGAGUUUCUAGUAUCUCGGGGGUUUUUUGGAAGGCUGAAGGAAUUUUUAGAUGCCAAAACGCCUCCUUUAUUGAAUGUCUCUCCAUCACCACCAACGCCGCUUGCAGGCUGCCUCUUUGAUUUAGUUGUCAAACCCAUAGCUUUAAGUUCAAAUAGUGUCAAUCAAAAAUUUAGUAAUUUAGUGUACGAAGAAUUCGCAAAUAACUUUUUUGUGCACCCAUUGUCGGAACCUGUAAAAAUGUUCUUCUUACCCGCAUUUUCUUCAUGGUCUGGUUUCCCUCAUCAGCAGUUCUUACAAUUUAUCCGUACUUCAGAGAACAUCAGUUACUCGAGCAAUCUACUUUAUUCUGUCCUAGCCCUCACAGAACAAUGCAUGGCAGCUGAAAACGUCAGCUGGGAAAUACUGUCAGAGCAUCUGCAAGUUUUAGCGUUGCUCAGCUGUAACAUAACAAAAUUGCAUGGUUUACGGAAGUCCAACACAGAAGAUAAUGAAGAUAGCUCCUCUGAUGAAGAAGCGGACAUUGAAAACGCAUAUAGGAAUAAACAUGAAGCCCAACUACUGCGUGAAUGUAGUGCGCUGAUAAACAAUCCUAACAGGGUCAACUAUUUGCUUCAAGCUGUGGAGCAUUGUGAUGAUAGCCAUGUCAUGCAGUCUCUUUGUAAAUUGUGCCAUAACCUCUUGAUUUCACAGAAACAAGCAGUUCAUCAGUACAAAAUUUUAUAUCUGCUCGCUCUGCAGCCAAGUUUCCUAGCCAAACUGUGGAAUGCCAUCUUGUCUGUAAGGCAAGCAACUUUAUUUGGGAACUCCUCAUCUCUACUUUCUGAUCUUUCUUUUGGAAUCAUGUUAACUCCUACUGAUGCGGACCGUAUCGUCCCUCUCCUGGCAACGUUUUGCGCAUUAUUCUCUCUGCUCAAUGCUACUUUGCAUGAUGGUGAAUUCUACAAUGAUGAUCAGCAACCGAGUGGACUCAUGCCUUUCUCUCUUUCGUCACUGGUUCAGAUGACAUUAAUUUUGAGGGAUGUAACUUUGGGUCUCGUGGAGCUGGCUUACCCUGAAACACGACCCAGUGUUCGAGACCAGUACAGAUUUGAAGGCUUCUCAUCUUCCUCCAGUACUUUUGAGUCUGUCGAUACUGUUGUAUGGGCUCAUCUGUUCAAAGUUUGCGUUGCGCUAUUAAGGAAUUUGAACGCCCGUGAUUUGCGUCGACAGUUCUGUCCAGACAAUCAUUGGGUUAGCAGUAACAUAUCUUUGCACCAGUUUGAAAAACCCACGACUCUCUCAAUGCAUAGAAGAGGCAGGCUGCGAGCUUUGUAUCGUCCUUUCAUGGAAAGACCCAGUCUAACAAGAGAGGAGCUAGAGGAAGGACCUCCACCAUCAACGAAAGAAAUCAGGGUCAUGACGAUUCUCAAAGAGCUGCCAUUCACAAUUCCAUUCCAAGAACGUGUGGUAGUGUUUCAAAACAUGGUUUACAAGGAUAAAAUGAUCCAUCGCGGGCUCUCCUCUCAUUUCUUCGAUGGCUCGGAAAUUAGAAUAGGCGUACGUCGGAAUUACCUGUAUGAGGAUGCUUUUGAAAAAUUAUCCCUAGAAAAUGAACCAGAUCUGCGGAACGUCAUGCGUGUUCAAUUAACAAGUACAAUAGGGGUUGAUGAAGUGGGCAUCGAUGGAGGAGGUCUUUUUCGUGAGUUUCUAGCUGAGUUGUUGAAAACAGCAUUUGACCCCAACCGAGGGUUCUUCAGACUGACCACCGACAAUCUAUUGUACCCCAACCCAAACGUUCAUCUGCUGCAUCAAAACUUUCAACCACAUUACUUUUUCAUAGGCCGAAUGUUAGGAAAGGCUAUGUAUGAAAACUUACUGGUCGAACUUCCCUUGGCUGAGUUUUUCCUAUCAAAAAUAACAGGACGGAAUUGCGAUGUCGAUUUUCACAAUCUAGCGUCUCUAGAUCCUGUUAUUUACCGAAAUCUACUUUAUCUGAAAACAUACGAUGGAGAUGUAGCGGAUCUUGGUUUGGACUUUACCGUUAUGACCAAUGAUUUUGGAGAGUGCAAGGUGAAUGAAUUGAAACCAGGAGGUUCAAACAUCCCUGUAACCAACGCCAAUAGGAUAGAAUACAUUCAUCAAAUGGCAGAUUACAAACUGAAUAAACAGAUUAGGGCGCAAGUUUCUGCUUUCAAGCAAGGAUUAGCAAAUGUCAUUCCGUUAGAUUGGUUGUAUAUGUUCAACAGCAAAGAGCUUCAAGUACUGAUUUCUGGCGCUGAGGUUCCUGUAGAUUUAGCUGAUUUAAAAAGUCACACCUAUUAUAGUGGUGGUUUCUCUGAUAAACAUCCCACAAUUGACUUAUUUUGGAGGGUUAUGGAGGAUUUUAGUGAGGUGCAGAAGAAGCAAGUGUUGAAAUUUGUGACAAGUUGCUCGCGGCCUCCAUUACUAGGAUUUAAGGAACUGGAUCCGCCAUUUUGCAUACAACUUGCAGGCUCAUCUGUGGAUCGGCUCCCAACAUCAAGCACGUGUAUGAAUCUUCUGAAACUACCUGAAUUCACAGACUACCAGUCGCUAAAAGAUAAACUCCUUUAUGCCAUUCAAUCAGGUGCUGGUUUUGAACUCAGCUAAGCAAUACUCGGCAACAAUAAGGCAUGAAAAUAUUUUCCUCUUAAUCUGUUGGUAUGCAUGAAGGACAGAAAAUUCCGUUCAAUUCACUAUCGGUGGAGGCGGUACUAUUUUGUUUAUAAAAUUUGCAUUUUGCGAUGCAGGUGAGCUAUCAGUGAGAAUACUCUCAAUUGUGAUUUUAUCUGCAAUUAUUGUACAUCAGUUUUUACGAAACGAUUGUAAUUGUUUGUAAAGUUGGACUAUUUCUAUGUGUAAUUUUUGUAAGUGUAAUAAAGUGUGUUGCGAAUCAUUUUCUUUCAAGUUGUUUUGGCAAAGUCCUGGGCAUGUACUUUCAAAAGUUUUAUUAUAUGUUUUAAUAAAUAUUGUUUUUCAUAUGA